AUGGCAAGAGAUAUGGUCGAGUUCGAGACCCUUUCAGCUUUCUCGGCUCUUGAACAACGAACUGUUGCCCUGUCUCAGGAUGAAGCACAGGUAUGUGUUCGUUUAGCUGAGUUACUGCUAGCCGAUGCAUUAAGAGACUAUGAUCAAAUGGACUAUCAAGUGGCUACUCAACAGUGGAAACUAGUCAAGAAAAAGGAUCAAUUGGAAGUUUACAAACAGCGGAAGGAGGCAAUUAAAAUUGUUGUCUCUACUGGUCAAACACGAAGCCAAUCUGCAGUCAAUGAGACAGAGUUACCGCGAAUUCUCGUCACUGGCCGUUUAGCGGGUCAUGUGGAUGACGCAAUGUACGGGCUGUUCAGUGCUAACACACGGGCCAUGAAGAUGAACUCGGCCUAUGCCGGAGACUCAUUGGCGGACGCCCAUGUACUGACCACGAUCGAAGGACCGACCAUUGAGAAGCCCUUUCGCUUCCUUGGACUGAAGUGGGCUGUGCGCCACGACAUAAUGUCUGCCUCGUCCUUCUUUAAACAACGAGAUUUACUCUACUUGGAGGCCACAGGUGUUACCAAGAUGACCAACGGCGAGCGGGUAGGAUACCGCAUAAUGCAUUCGGUGAGUAUCAAGGCUCUGGCUCAACUGGCUGCAACAACCAUUUCAUCCUCGGUAAUUCGUGCAAGGGCGUCGGUCGUGCAAUUAUUCCAUCAGCAGCCGUCUUUGGAAGGAUCUGGGGGACUUUUAGGCAUGCUGGAUGUGUUCACGAGGGGUUAUUAUGACCCUCAAGGUGGAAUGAUGCAGUUCUUAGCGGUUAAUGCAGGUGUUGAGCUUCUGCUUCAUAUGACAUUCUCGGUGGUGGACUGUGCUCACCUCAAGAAGAUUGCAUUUGCGGCGCAACGAGCAGGACGGCGGCGGAGUGUCACGAGUCAGCUGCGCAAGACGAACUACGUUGACGAAGGCAUGGGAGGGAUUGAAGAGAUUGGCGAUGAAAGCGCUGAUGUCAUGGGAGACAAAGUUUGGUCGACAAACUGCUCGCUAUGCGAUCGACGAGUAGGCAGUUUGCUCAAUCGAAGUGGUAUGCCUUGCACCAUUUGUGCCAAAAUGAUCUGCUGGCGCUGCAGUGUAGUGAAGAAGCUACCCUUUUUUCGAAGCGAUGAGAGCAGCAUGCCAGUGGACAAUGGCGUGGAUCUGGAUGCGAUCAUGGGUUUGCAACACUUUGAACAUGAACAGCCCGAGGCGUCCCGAGCUUCCACGGAAAGAAGUUGCAACGGCAGUGGUUCUGUCAUGAUGCACGACAUUUGCCAGAAAGCUCUUAAGUUCUGCUUACCUUGUGUGUUACGUGCCAACCAUAGGAAUGCCUCGCAGAUCGUUGAGGAAGAGAUUCUAGAGCAGACCACUUUUGGAACAGUCACUCCCUGUCGUGCUAUGGAUUGCCCGAGCAACUAUGCUCGUCCAUCCUCGAUGCGACGGCGAUCGACUCAGACUGGACGAUCACACAAUUUUUUACAUGCUUCGUACGGGUCGCAUCAGAUUUCUUCUUACGCGGCAUCUCCAUAUUGUCAGCCGCGUCAAAAAGCUUAUAGCAGUGAAGCAUAUGCCCAACAUGGAGUCUUUCGCUCAUCCUCAGCUUCACCUCGUGUAGUACUGUACGUUGAAGAUCCCGCAUCAACUCGUCGUGAUGCGACGCAGCAUCACAAGACAUAG